AUGGUCUACCCCGGGCGACCAAGCAGCGGCUGCCAGACAUGCCGCACCAGACGCAUCAAAUGCGAUGAAACACGCCCUCAUUGUAAUGCCUGUGUGCGCUCGGGUAGAGAAUGCCCUGGCUAUCCGCACCCUCUGGACAUCGUGCUGCGGCCCCAGAAAGCAUUCAAUCGCAAGAACCCAGCUAUGGUGGCUCAGCGCUCUACAACAGACAAUGACAUAGACACAAAGGCAGACAAGUCGAGAUCUUGUGGAUUACGUCCACUUCCCUGUUUACCCGUAACAUCAGGAUCUACCACUUUUCCGCAGGUCCCUGGUGGCCUAUAUCUCCCCAUGGAAGAUACUGUCACUGCAUUUUUUUUCAACUCGUACAUUUACACGCCCCGUGAUCCAUUAAUCCGGCCCGGUUCAAUGGAAUACCUCCCCCAACUAUACGCGGCCGCUCCCUUUGAUUCACAUUUGCGCCUGAGCGCGCUAGCUGUCGCUUUCUUCUGCGUGGCUGCCUGGACUCGCCAGGAGAAUUUAGUUUGGCGUGCGCAACAGUGCUUUGGGAUGGCACUUGCUCGCACGCGAAGUGCGCUACAAGGUGAUAUUGAACGUGACUAUGACAAUAUCCUCAUGACGUUGAUGCUUCUUUAUCUUUAUGAGGAAUUCAUUUCGAUCAAAGAGAACAAGCCCUCACCGAAGCAUCAUUUGCGUGGUGCGGUUGCUCUAAUUAACUGCUGUAGCCCUGAACGCCGGAAGUUGCCCUUGUCAGAUACAUUGACCAAUGCGAUACAGGGAGAGAUUGUAUAUUCCGCCGUCGAUGAAAGAUGCCCGCUGCUUCAAACACCAAAGAGCUGGCCGCUCUCAGAGGGUAUUCCAGAGCUGGCUUCUUCACGGCUGAUGAUGAUCGCAACCCCGUUCGUCAAACUGCGGGAGCGCUGGAUGAAAUUCUUUGCUCGCGCCGACACUGCAAAUAUUGAGGAGACUGAGGCGAUCCUCUCGGAAGCCCGCACCUUCGACGACCGAUUCCUUGGCUGGACCUACUCCCUCCCUAAACACUGGUACCCCAUGCCUGCCGCGUUCUUCCCGCAAUCCGUCCGGGACGCAGGAGCCUACGAGGGCCGCUGCGACUGCUACACGGACGUCUGGAUCGCUGAGACAUGGAAUAACUACCGCAUAUUCCGGCUCUCCGUUCAAAACCUCAUAUACCGCUGUUUAUCCCUUCUGCCCAACCGCACGGACGAGAUCGAGUCCACUCUCCGAACGACCCGUGCAUUGGCGACGGAUAUCUGCGCCAGCGUGCCGUUUUACCUUGGAAGCCAGACAGGCUCGAUGCGGAUCACUGAUAGUCGAGUUGAGUAUCCGGCGGCAGAACCGAAACAUUCACGCCAACAAGCGCCGCUAAUAGGCGGAUGGUUCAUUAGGCCGGCGCUGGAUACGCUUUGCUCUAUGGAGAACCUGCCUGAGGACCUAGUGGAGUGGGCGAGGGGACAGUCAAUUGCUUCACCUACUCUGAUUCUCGCAAACAGUCAACGCCAGCCAAACUCCGCCUCCACUAGCGCCGACAGGCGGCUUGGACUUACCAACAAAAUGGUCUUCUCGUGGUUUCGCUCGAAUCAAACACCUACCACCACCACCUCCCCCUCCUCCUCGGUAGAACCAGAAUCGCCACUUCAACAUUUAACACCUACAUCAGUCGAACCGACCCUGACGGAAGCACCACUUGUCAAACCCACAGCCGGCACAGACGAUCUUCCCAAGCUCUGGACGCCGUCCACAAACAAGAAGCUUUUCUUCGGCGGCGCAGUCUUUUUCGCGCUUUCACUGCUCACGACGCGCCGUGCGCUAGUCCGACGCUUCAAAGCCACAAUCCCACCGUACUAUACCUCCUCAGUCUACCAUAAGCCCGAAGUAAAUGGCGGAAUGGAAGCAUUUGAAGCCUUGCACUUGGCAACGAUCAAUGUACUCAGCUUUUCGAUGAUGGCGAGCGGGGGCGUGCUGUGGGCGAUGGGCGUCAACUCGGUUGAGGAUAUUCGGGCAUAUGUGAAGAAAAGGAUGGCUGCGGGUGACCGAGAGCUUAGUCAAACUGACAAGGAGAUGGAGAAGGAGGUUGAGGAGUGGGUGAUGAAGUAUUUGGGGAAGAGGAUCGAGAAUGGGAAGUUGAAGGAUUUGAGUGAGCCGAAGGGGUCUACGUAA